AUUUCCCUCCAUUAAGAAAUCAAAAUUUUUUAUAAAGUUAUAAAGAUAAAUACUUUGCAAAUAUUAAUCGUUUGUUAGGGUCAAUGUUUACGGCUUAAUGAAUUUCAGAAGGCUAAGGGCUAAUCUUGUCUAUGGGCCAAUCAUAGAGGCUUAGGAGACAAUCACCUUAUAAUUUUAAAUAAAUAGCAGUUGUUUACUAAAUUAAAUGCAGCAAUAAAUGCGAGCAAAAUACUAGUGCAAUCGUACCCAUAUCUACAGUGCUGUGCAUAUAACCGAAACUGUGUAAUAAAGAAAUUUUAAGACGUCCUAAUACAGGUUAUGUUAUUGUAUAAAAAUGAGUUUCUCAAGGAGCACUUCCCCUUUACCCUUACCAGCCAAUUUUCAAAGGGACUGUUUCUCAGCAGCAACGAAGCGAUGGAAGUAUUUACGUCGAGUGUUUAAAUUUGAUCAAAUGGACUUUGAAUUUGCUUUAUGGCAAAUGAUUUAUUUAUUUGUUGCCCCACAAAAAGUGUACCGUAACUUUCAGUACAGAAAACAAACAAAAUCACAGUUUGCAAGAGAUGAUCCAGCCUUUUUAGUAUUAUUUUCUCUGUGUUUGUUCGUUACAUCUGUAGUUUUUGCCAUUGUUUCAAGAUUGACGUUUUUGCAAUUUGUAAACUUUCUUUUGUAUGCAAUAUUUGUGGAUUGCAUAUUAGCAGGAUUAAUAAUAGCCACUAUUUUUUGGUAUAUUUUAAACAAGUAUUUUCGUGUAAAUGAAGAUCAAGAUGUAGAAUGGGGAUUUGCUUUUGAUGUACACUUAAAUGCCUUUUUACCCCCAUUAAUAAUUCUCAACUUUUGCCAGUUAUUUUUUUAUAAUGGUCUUAUAAGCCAUGAAUGGUUCAUUUCAAGGUUUAUUGGAAACACUUUCUGGCUAAUUGGAGUCUGUUAUUACAUUUAUAUAACAUUUUUAGGAUAUGGAUCAUUACAAAUACUACAACGUACCAACUUGUUACUGGUUCCACUUCCGUUAAUGCUGUUAUUUUAUAUUUUAACUCUUAUUGGAGGUAUUAAUAUUACUCACUUUUUGAUGCAGUUUUACAGAGAUAGAGUACUAAUAGCUUCAUGAACAUCUAUAAUUAUUACAACUGGAUUUUUGU